UAUAAUUAGUAAAAGUUCAAAAGUCUAAAAUAAAUUUUAUAUAAUAUAAAGCAGUGUAUUGAUGUUUGUUGAAGAAUGAAUCGAUUGCACUUAUCGACAAUUAAUGACCAUAACCUCUCUGCAAUGGUUCAAACUGAUUCAGACAAUAUGAAGUUUCACGAACCAACUCUCUAUACAAUAAAAGGAAUAGCAAUUUUAGACAACGAUGGAAACAGGAUAUUAGCAAAAUACUAUGAUAAAAAUAUAUUUCCAACAGCUAAAGAGCAAAAAACAUUUGAGAAGAAUCUAUUUAAUAAAACUCAUCGUUCCAAUACUGAAAUAAUUAUGCUUGAUGGAUUAACCUGUGUCUAUCGGAGUAAUGUUGAUCUUUAUUUCUACGUAAUGGGAAGCUCGCAUGAAAAUGAAUUAAUUUUAAUGAGUGUUUUAAACUGCCUCUAUGAUUCGGUAAGUCAAAUUUUGAGAAGAAAUGUGGAAAAAAGAGCAGCAUUAGACAGUUUGGAUAUAGUAAUGCUUGCCAUGGAUGAAAUAUGUGAUGGAGGUAUAAUUCUUGAUGCUGACGCUGCCAGUGUUGUUCAAAGAGUUGCAUUGAGAACAGAUGAUAUUCCAUUAGGAGAACAGACAGUUGCACAGGUUCUCCAAUCCGCUAAAGAACAACUUAAAUGGUCUUUAUUAAAAUAAAAAAAGUUUAAUAAAAUCAACUAAGUAAUGCUAUUAUAAAAUUACUACAAAUAAAAUAAUUUUAUAUAUACAUAUAUAAAAGGUAA